AUGGGUAACAAUGUGACGCAGGAAAGCAAUGAAUACGUUGGAAAAUGGGACACCUGGAUACGAUGUGAUGCCCAUGACACGGACAUUGUCGCAGAUUGUAACUGGCCAGUAUGGCCUAAAACCGACUGUCCCGCUGGGGAGGAAAGUAGAAUUUCAUGUAAUGGAAAUAUAAGAUUAACUGACGGUACCAAUAGCCAAAAUGGAAACAUAGAAUUGUUUCGCAAUGGAGCUUUCACCAGUAUAUGUGACCUUGACCCAGAUUUCAAGGUCGCUAGAGUUGUUUGCCGACAAAUGGGAUUUGAUGCAGAAAAUUCAGCUCUUACCAUCAACUCAUAUUUCGGACCAGGACAUACGGGAACUCAUCGAGUUACAUGUACCGGAAGUGAACUGUCUAUUGAACGGUGUCAAUUUCAUAGACUUCCGGAAAAUAGUUCCUGUGCAUCAAACCAUGUCCUUGGUGUGGAAUGUAAUGCGACACAGUACGAAAUAGAAGUGGUGCGAAUAGCGGCAGGAAGCUUGUCUAUAGAUAUCAACACGUAUGGAGUAAGCGGAUACUGGACUGAAAAUCUGACGGCUGCCGACAAUGACGCUCUGCUGAAGAUGAGGAACAUUGCGUCAGUAAUAUGCUAUGAACUAGGGUUUUCCAGGUAUGAUCCUGAUUUAUCAGAGGGUCCUUUCCUGGAAAGGUUAGCGUAUCCCAUUCAACUCUCAGAAGUUUUCGCAUGUUCCGGGUUAGAAGAAAGGCUAUCGGAGUGUUCUGUCGGGGGAGAUCCGGACGGUGUUCAGGACUCGACAGGCAGUUUGACAGAAAUUGCAAUCAGCUGUAAAGAUGGUUUAAAACUUCUGGAUGGAGAAACUCCUCAUAGUGGGAUCUUAAUGCAGAGGAGUGGUAUGGAUGGCACACUGCAAACUUUUGCAGAUAUUCGUCCUGAUUAUCCAAUGGCACUGGUUGCAUGUAGAGAACUAGGCUACAGCAGUUCCCUUGUAGAGAUAUAUUUAAAAGAGAUUGUUGACGAGGAUGCAAGUCCAAUACAUGUAGAGUACCUAUGUUCCGGAGAAGAGCUGUUGUUGAGAGACUGUCAGACAAAACACAAUCGUAAUAAGCGGUCAGAUAAUGUUGUUGCUCUGAACUGUAAAGCCACGGACAUAGCUGUUAUGGAAGUAUAUGGAAUCACAACGAAUGGCAGCAAAUCCGAAAAACGCCUUUCUGGUCGCCGACAAGGCGGACGAGAUGUUGCUCCAAUGUCACGCUUUUGUCACAACGGAACUACUUUCGAUGGAACUACUUUCGAUGCAAAUACAGCUGGGGUGAUAUGUCACCAGCUAGGAUAUUCCAGGAUUGGAGCAAAAUUCACCCUGGUUUCGCCGCUGGGAAACUCUGAUGUCAUAGAUGACCUGGCCAGAUAUAAGUAA